UUCCCGUAUCAUGGUUCCUUUUGGACGUCACCACAUCAAAAAAUCAACACAAGAUGUCAAAACGGCCAAAACUGUCAGCUGCCCAGGGAAGAAAAAAGAGAAAAGAAGAGGAGGAGAAACGAGAAAAAGACAGAGAUGCACUGUUGAAGUUUCUAAAUCCCACCCCUGGGCCAUCUACCACAUCUACCGCUGCUGCCUCCACUUCAGCAGCACAACCCACCAGUGAUGCAGCAUCAGCAGCACAACCCAGCCAUGAUGCAGCAGCAUCAAGCGGUCUUCCUGUUGCCUCCACUUCAGCAGCACAACCCACCAGUUUUGCAGCAGCAUCAAGCGGUGUUCCUGUUGCCUCCACCUCAGCAGCACAACCCACCAGUUUUGCAGCAGCAUCAAGCGGUGUUCCUGUUGCCUCCACCUCAGCAGCACAACAAGUUUGGAGUACUCCUCAAUUUCCACAACUUACAAAAAGAAGAGCUGCUACAGCAGUGCCAAACACUGAGUACUACUCUGACCCAUGACAGCCAGCCGGACAUUAAUGGCACAGAACUUGCAAUGGAAAUGCAGAAUUUCCCACCAUUGCCAUCAAAGAACAUGACAAACAUGGAACUCUUGACCUUCCUGCAUGAGAAGAAGCUGGCAGAAAUUUACCCCAACAUGUGGGUUGCUCUGAGAAUCUUUGCCACUCUUCCUGUUACAGUGGCUGCUGCUGAAAGAAGCUUCUCUAAGCUCAAACUCAUUAAAACCUACCUGAGAUCUACUAUGAUGCAAGAACGUCUCAGUGGACUUUCCAUCAUAAGCAUAAAUCAUGUGGUCUCAAAUCAGUUGUCAUAUGAUGAUGUUGUAGAUGACUUUGCUGCAAGAAAGACUAGGAGAGUAAGGCUGUAGCAGGUGAUGUGAGGUUGAUGAGGGGGUGGUGUACAGUAAUUUGUAAGUCAUUCUAGUUAAUGCAGUAUUAAAAAGCACAACUAGAGAACUCUGUAGGAUCCCCUUUUUUGUAAUAUAGUUGUUAAAGUCAUACUGGUUUAUUUAAUAUCUUGUUUUGUGCAGUGCCUUAUUUAUAUUGUAUUUUUAAUUUAUUUUAUCCAACUUGUUGACACGUUUUAUUGUGUUUAUGUAUGUAAAAUUUAUUGUAUUUCAUAUAUUCAUUUUUUAUUUUUUGUAUUCAUUUAUUUAUUCAUAUAUUUUUUUAUCUCGUUAAUUAUUCUGAUUGUGAAUUUGCUUUCUUUAAGUAAAAAAAAAAGGUCAAAGACAAAGCUAUUCGGUUUCUUGUGAGUACAUACACUACACUGCCGAUGUAGGGGGGCGCCACCUAAAAUCUUGCCUAGGGCGCCAGAUUGGUUAGGGCCG